CUAUAAAAGGGCCAUGCGUAUAUCUGAGAUGGAAAAGAAGCAAGCACUGCAGCGAGCCGAAGAAGCUUAGCUUUAAGCAGCAGCUAGCAAUGGCAGCAGCAAGGGCGUGCUUGGUGGUGGCGCUCCUCCUCCUGGUGGCUCUCUUCUCGCCAUCGGAAGCUACUUCGUCUACUUCUUUGCGGCGGCGGCAGGUGCGGAGCCUCCUCAAGCGCCUCAACAAGCCUCCCCUCGCAACCUUUCAGAGCCUAGAUGGAGAUAUCAUAGAUUGUGUGCACAUCUCCAAUCAACCUGCAUUCGACCAUCCUCUUCUCAAGGACCAUACAAUCCAGAUGCGACCUUCUAUCCAGCCAAGUGGCCUAUAUGGAGAAGCAACACGUCCAUUCACCCAAACAUGGAAUCAGAAUGGCGAAAAGUGCCCUGACAAUACUAUACCGAUCCGAAGGACCAAGGAGGAGGAUGUCAUGAGGGCCACCUCUGUUACAACGUUUGGCAAGAAGACGCACGGCGGGAGCCCUCACCCUCACUCUCACUUGGGUGGUGUCACGGACGGCCACCACUAUGGUGUAGCAUAUGCGACUGGGGAUUCCAACUACUACGGAACCAAAGUGACCAUCAAUGUGUGGCAACCAACGAUUGCAACAUUCGGUGAUUUCAGCUUGUCCCAGCUAUGGAUCACAGCGGGCUCCUAUGAAAACAAGGACCUUAAUACCAUUGAAGCAGGAUGGCAGGUGUACCCAGCUAUGUACGGGGAUGAUAAAACUAGACUCUUCAUCUAUUGGACUCGUGAUGCAUAUAACACAACGGGAUGUUACAAUCUAGCGUGCUCAGGGUUCAUCCAGACAAACCCGCAGUUCGUCAUCGGUGGCAGCUUAUCCCCUGUCUCCAUCUAUGGCAGCACACAAUAUGAGUAUGAUUAUUUAGUUUGGAAGGACCCAGCGGGGGGCAACUGGUGGUUGCAACUGCAAGGCAAUUAUGUGGGCUACUGGCCAUCAUCCAUCUUUACCCUCCUGCAGACAGGCGUUGCCGAUACUGUGGAAUGGGGUGGGGAGGUGUAUUCUCCUCAAAUUACCGCACCCAUGGGCAGUGGACAUUUCCCUGAGGAAGGGUUUGGCAAGGCCACCUACAGUAGAGCAAUCCAAGUUGUUGAUUCCUCCAACCAUCUCAAACCACCAAAUGGUGUGGGCUUGAUAGCCUCGCUGCCCAAUUGCUAUAAUAUCAUGACUGGUUCCUCCAGUACCACUAGUUGGGGCACUUACAUUUACUAUGGUGGACCUGGGUGCCCUCAAAACUCCCAAAUUGAAGUGAUGUAGAGAGAGAUCGAGCUCACGAUCAAACUACGUACAUCACAUUAAUAAUUUACAUGUAGUACUACACGAUCAACAUCGCUCGCUCGCCCAAUAAUAUAGUAUUGUUGGAUAGGGUCUAUACUAGCUAAUAUUACAUGCCGCAUGUCAAGCUCUGAUUGCUAGUACGUAUGUAUAUGUAUACAUUUGCAUGUAUUGGUAAGAGGUUUGAACCAAGCUAGCAUUACAAGCUGGCAAUAAAUGUAUUGUCACAGUUUACUGGAAGUUAUGUUAUGGAAUAUACUUAUUUAAUCAUUAGUUAUUACAA